AUGAGCGAAAUCACACCUCGGCGUUCCAGCAAAGUUUCAGAGCACGAGACGGACGCGUUUGGAGUGAGGCACAACGACGUAUCGUCCGACUCGUCGGCCGGCUUUGACCCCCUGAUCGACCACAGACGCCAUUCGUUGGCCACAGGCUUGUCAAAGUCGCAGCGCCCGCGCAAAAGAGGUUUCAGUCUGAGUGCUCCCGUCAUGGCAGCAGAUAGACCGAAAAACCGGCUCAGCACGGUGGUGGCAGCAGGACACCCAGUUUCUCCCGGCUCGAUAGACGAGAUAGGCGAGUCCAAGUUCAGGAGGUUCAAGAGUUACAACAACGCCCUCAAGCAGAACAAAUCCAUUUCCGAGGGAAUACAGUACAAGACAGAGAAUCCGUUUGAGUCCUCGUUGAGAGACCAGUCCGCGAAAGGCGUGCUGCAGGAUCUGGCUGAACAUGAGCCGUACAAUUCGAAUAACGACGACCAGAGCUCAAACUCCGUCUACGGUUCGUCAAACCCGUCUUCCCGCCGCUCCUCGAACGCGUCGUCUCUGGACGACGUGUGUGUUCCCGUGGAGAGUUUUGACGAAGCCGGGAAACGGAAGAUGUGGCCGGACAUCUCUGUGCUACAGGAGUUUGUGGACGAGGAGCUGCAGGAGUUUAAAAAGAUCAGCGAAGCGUCCGCCUCGCUCUCCAGACAGUCGUCCCCAGCGCAAGGCGAGGAGAGAAUCAACUUCGAGUAUCCGCUGGUCUCGAACAUCGAGCCGAGCGAAUCUGAGCCGUUGCUGGUGCAGGCCGAAAACGAACAGAAAGCUCUCAAUGGUCGUCUGCGGCCGCAGCGAGUGGUUCCCUGGAACAACCGUAAACCUCUGAACGACUUGCCCGAGCUGCAGCAGCCCAAAAGUCUUCGAUUCACGUAUUUCAGGGAAGACCUCGAGAACACUAUUCAUGCCUCCAAUAUCUCGGGGCUGGUGCAAAAAUACACUCUUUCAGAGUUGUUUUCCCCUUCGACGCAAGAGUAUAAUCCACAGCCUAAUGUGCCACAUCCCAACAUGACUUCUGUUCAGUCGUCGCAGAACAGUCUGAAGCCCAAAGUCACAGGAACAAGCACGCCCACGCCCUCGGUGGCAGCGGACAGUUCGUCGACAGCAGACGUGCCUCCCUUCUGGCUUGACGUUCUCAACCCAACGGAGGAAGAGAUGAAGGUUCUGUCCAAGGCGUUCAGUAUCCAUCCGCUGACUACAGAGGACAUUUUUAUGGGCGAAACCAGAGAAAAGGUGGAACUGUUCAGAGACUACUAUCUGGUCUGUUUCACAGCCUUUGACGUUGUUCUUGAGCACCAAAACCGCAAAAAAGCCAUGGAGAGAGCAAUGAACUCAGCUGCGUUCUCCGACGACGACAGCGUCAACAGCAAGCACCGCAAGAAAGCGUGGUAUCGCCAUAUCGUGAGCCGUCUGUUGAAAAGCAAGUCCUCAUCCAGCGACAUUGACCAUCCACGCGCAUCUUCAAUGGUCUCUAAAAGAAGAGACGGCGACAAGCGGAAGAAGAACGGCGAGCUCGAACCACUUAAUAUGUACAUCAUUGUGUUCAGAGACGGCGUCAUCACGUUCCACCAGAAACCGACUCCGCACCCGGCAAACGUUCGGCGUAGAGUCCGCUUGCUCAAGGACUAUCUCUCUGUCACUUCAGACUGGAUAGGAUACGCUCUCAUUGACGACAUCACCGAUGCGUAUGCCCCUCUGAUAGAAAGCAUCGAGGAUGAGGUCAACGCGAUAGAGGACGCUAUUUUAGUGAUGCAAAGUGGAAUUGACUCGGAAGACGAGUCUUCUGGCUCCGACGACGACGACGACGACAAGAUCUGGCUCAGCCUAAAGAGAAGGACGUCAACCGUCAACGACAAGGCGUCCAUCAAUUCAUGGAGCUCGAAGUCUUCGCGGUCGACGUCCUCGUCCCAGGAUACAAAGAUUUUGAGCUGGAAACGCAAGGGAGACAUGCUUCGCCGAAUCGGAGACUGUCGUCGAAGGGUUAUGUCGUUGCUGCGGCUUCUAGGUUUCAAGGCCGAUGUUAUAAAGGGCUUCUCCAAGAGAUGCAACGAACAAUGGGAGGUGGCUCCGAGGUCUGAAAUUGGAAUGUACUUGGGAGACAUUCAGGACCACAUCGUCACAAUGGUGCAAAGUUUGAAUCAUUACGAAAAAUUACUGGCCCGCUCUCACUCUAAUUACCUCGCCCAGAUCAACAUAGACAUGACGAAGGUGAACAAUGACAUGAACGACAUUUUGGGCAAAAUCACCAUCCUUGGUUCCAUUGUGUUGCCUCUGAACGUCGUGACGGGCCUAUGGGGCAUGAACUGUCUUGUCCCUGGCCAAAACUCGCCUGGAUUGACAUGGUUCUAUGGCAUCUGUGGAAGCAUGUUUGUUUUUGCAGUUACAGCAUAUCUCUACGCAAGGAAAGUUAGUGGCAUAGUCUAG